CUCCCCCUCUGCUCACCCUCCCUCCCUCUCCCAGCCAGGGCUGUGCAUCUCAGAGACGGAAUGGCGGAGAGAGAAAAGGCAUCCACAACCCCAGCUGGCUCCUCUCCCUUCCUGGGGCUGCACCUGGCUUCCCCCCCACGCUUCAGGCUCACACACGAUAUAACAUUGGAAGAAUUUGAAGAUGAAGAUUUGUCAGAAAUCACAGAGAUCAAAGAUGAAUGUGGGAUCAGUUUACACUGUAAUGAGAGUCGGCACUGCAAAAGCCGCCUGCGUACUGAGCCUGGUCCUGCCCCAGGAGGGGGGGGAGCUGCCAGUCGGAUCCAGGCGGAGAUGCUGCAGCUGGACCUGAUCGAUGCUGGACAAAUCCCUGAAGAGGAGACUUUGGCAACUGUGGGCCCCCGGCCACUUCUUCCAGCAACUAUGGACACCUACAGACCCAAAAGGCCUACAACCCUCAACCUGUUCCCACAGGCGCCUCGCACACAGGAUACUCUGAAUAACAACUCUCUGGGGAAGAAAUACAGCUGGCAGGAGAGGGUGUCUCGCUCCUCCUCUCCACUUAAGACAGGGGAGACGACCCCGUCCACUGAACAUGUGUGUUUGAGCGAUGAGGGGAACCCACCAGCUGUCACGAAGGAUCGCGGGACCUCCACAGAUACCCCCUGCCGGCGCCACAAUUCCACCCAGAGUUCCAAUGACCCCUCCGGACGCUCCUCCAACCGCUCCUGCUUAGACCCUCAUAGAGACCGCAUCCGCUACCAGACGGAUGUGCGGCUGGAGCCCACAGAAGAAAUAUUCCUGACUCCUGUUCAGCGAUGCUCGGACCCUCCAGAGCCAGAAAGACCAUUAAUAUCACAGGCCGGACCCUGCCGCAUGUCGGUCAGCUCAGAUGCAGACAUUAACGUCCGUCCCACCAAUGAAGGCAGACAGCAACUUUCCAUCAGCGAGGAGGAGGAGGAGGAGGAGGAAGAAGGGGAAGAUGGGGUUGGAUAUCUUGGUUGCCCUGGUAGAGCUACCGGUCAUCGUGGACUGCAGAGGUCAUCUGUCAGCUCGGACACUAGUGGUUUAUCUUAUGACUCGGUGAAAUACACAUUAGUGGUGGAUGAUAACGUGCAGCUACAGCUGAUCAGCCUGCGGCAGUGUUACUCAGGGUAUAGCGAUGACAGUGACAGUGGCACCGUGUAUGACAACUGUGUUUCCUCACCCUAUGAGUCCGCCAUUGGGGAGGAGUAUGAGGAAGAAGAGGAGGAACAGGUGGGGGCAGCCGGAAGGGAAGCGAAAAGAGUCCGGAGGUCUAGGUGCCUAUCGGACACCUCUUCUGCAGACGGCGAUGUCUCCUACUCUAAAAAGUUCCUCAAUGUCUUCAUGAAUGGACGGUCACGCUGUACGAGUGAGUUUACGAGUGCAGAUUCCUUUGGUUUAUUUUCAUGCCUGAUAAAUGGGGAGGAACGAGAACAGACGCAUCGAGCCGUGUUCAGAUUCAUUCCUCGUCACCCUGGGGAACUAGAACUGGAAGUAGAGGAUCCGCUGUUCGUGGAGGUUCAAGCCGAGGAUUUCUGGUAUGAGGCUUAUAACAUGAGAACUGGGGAUCGUGGUAUCUUCCCUGCUUACUAUGCAGUCCAGGUGAUUAAAGAACCGGAUCACCUGGCAGAGACCCGAGCCUCCGAUUGGGUGGAUCAGUUUUGGGUGAAGUUUCUGGGCUCAGUGCAGGUUCCGUAUCACAAGGGUACAGACGUUCUCUGCACUGCCAUGCAAAAGAUUGCUAUGUCUCGUCGCCUUACAGUGCUGUCAAACCCUCCAUCUAGCUGUGUGCUGGAGAUCAGCCUGCGGGGAUUAAAGAUAGCAGUUCAUGGGGAAGACCCUCAAGAUCACUGCCAGGUGAACACAUUCAGCCAUUUCUUCCAGUUAAAGAACGUAUCCUUCUGCGGCUACCACCCUAAGAACAGCAAAUAUUUUGGCUUCAUCACUAAACACCCUUCAGACCAUCGGUUUGCAUGUCACGUAUUUGUCUCUGAAGAAUCCACCAAACCCCUGGCAGAGUCUGUCGGGAGAGCCUUCCAGCAGUUUUACAAAGAGUUUGUGGAGUACACGUGUCCCACAGAGGAUAUAUACCUGGAGUAGCCAUGGAUUUCUAACACUGAAACCUGUUCUGUGCAUGGACUAAGUGCUCACAUAGGAGCAGGAAGCUUCCGGACUGGUGGAAGAGUGAGGGGAUAGAGGCUUGCACUCCUCCGCCCUGCAGGACUGGUGAACUUGGGUGUGUGAAAGUCAGCCAGGGCGAUCAGUUCCUGUUCUAUCUUAUAACUCUCCCCGAUAACCUUCUCCGUAUUGGGCUCUGCCCCCAACCCCACUGUGCAUAUUCAAGCAGCUAGGGUGCCAGCGGACAGCUGCACCCCCCCCCCCCCCCCCCUACACUGCAAAAGGAAGGUGCUAGGAUGAGCAAAUGUGGCAGGCCGGACUAGACUACUCAGUGAGCGAGGGGGGGGAUGUGGACACACACACACUGCCUCUGCAUGCUGGCAUCUCUGUGUACUGAGACAUUGUGUAUCAUCAAAGUAUUUAUAUCAAGUAAGGGCUAGUGAAUGAUUGUGCGUGCAUUAUACUAGUGUAUAUUAGUGACAGAACGGGUGUCACAGGGUAACAUGCGGAGAGAGAGGAAGACGCGGCAUCUCAAAUAAGCAAUGGGCGCGGUGUCAUGUGUGACAUAAGCAGUGUGCACGAACGGAUAGGCCUUAGGAGGUUUAUACGCAGGAUAUAUGCAAGUACUGAGGACUAUAGUGACGAGGGAGUAAUAUUGUAAGUGCGCUUCAAAAUGGACUAAGGAUUCGCGGAUGGAGAACGUGCUGCGUGCUUUGGUUUCCAUCACUGUCAGCGACCUGAUGAAGGCCUCUAAACCUAGAAUCCAUGUUGCUUUAUUUUACAGAACCAGUGCGAAGUCUAACACAUAUAAAACAUCUGAAAGAUUAGUAGGAUUUGAAGAAAAGGUGUCCAUCUUUGGGGAAGCAUUUGUUCCUUUGCACACCAGAUUUCCUGUCAGUCACAGACAUAUCACGUGCGGCCCACGCCUGUAUCGAUGAGUCAUUCGGACAAUGCCACCUAUCAGUGCACUCGGAACAUAAAGUGCCUCAGUGACAUUAAACGUUCUUAGUGGGUUACUGAUACAGCGCAUUCUCCUACAUACUGAUACUACCCAGCCUGUGCCUCAGACGCAUUUAGGUGACAGGCCCACCUCAGAAAGACAGUGUAGUCACAUAUAGGAGGCUGAAACAUCUGAUAAAAGGGUGUGUUAAAGGUGCAGUGUUUGCACUUGAGGGGAGACCCUGUGGGUUGGGGGCAGAGGGCAGCUUGUGGCUCCUCAAUAAACAGCCUGAGAUUUACUUACCAA